AAAGUCUUAAAUUCUCAUUGAAUGAUACGAAAUAGAAACCACACAGAGCGUUACAUGGGCCACUGUCAAGUUGUCAACACUGAUCCACUUGCAUUCGAACUCUCUCACACACAACUCUCAACCCACGUCAUCACAUCCUACAAUGACAUGCCAAAGGAAGAAGAGACCUUUUCCAACUCUCCCCAGACGCGUUCAGACAACCACAACAUCACGAAACCGGCCGUAGCUCUGAAAAAACCCUUAAAAAUUACCUCACAAUAAGCCAAACUUUACCAAAAACUUGUAAUCUCUCAUUAAAAUAAUCCCUCUUCACCAUUGACCAGAUCUCUUUAUAUCUGCCCUUAUAUUCCAUCCCCAGAUUAAAAUCACAACACAACUAUGCUUCACCACUCUUCAAUAACAUUCUCACCACCCUCUCAUCGCACCAACAUGGAUCAAUUCUCACACAUUCCCACGGAAAGAUCGCCCAGGAGAGAACUACAACUCCAAGGUCCACGCCCCACACCGCUCAGGAUAAACAAAGACUCUCAUAAAAUCAAAAAACCACCCUUGCCACCACAACCUUCCCACCCCCAACCACCACCGCGUCAACCCAUAAUAAUCUACACCGUUUCCCCCAAGGUUAUCCACACCACACCAAGUGACUUCAUGAACCUCGUUCAACGCCUCACUGGCUCCACUUCCUCCUCCUCCUCCUCCUCCUCCAACAACAACAACAACAACUCCGACCCUCUUCCCAACAUCAUUAACAACGACCCUUUUAACACCGGCGGCGGAAUGGUGUCACCGGCGGCGCGUUACGCCACCGUGGAGAAGGCCUUGUCGCCUAUGGGGAAGAAACCGGUGAUGGGUCACGGGGAUAUGAAUAUCAUAAACGAUGUGGAAGGGAUAGAGAUCAUUGGUGAUGGGGUAGUGGAGAGAUCGCAACAAAACAUGUUUCAAGGGAUUUUGUCUCCGGGGCCGGCUUCACUCUCUCCCAUUCCUUCAAAUUUUUUCUCUCCUCCGUCUUCGGAUCCAUCCAUGGUUAGCUUCCUUCACGAUUUGAGUCCCGCGUUUCAAAGUGGAAGAAAUUUUACGGAGGGGGCUGGUGCUUUCGUCUUGCCAAGCCCUUCUUCAAACUUCAGCUUUGUUUCACCUCAUACUCCUUCUAUAGACCUGUUCAACUAUUUCUUAGAUUAGUUAGGAACUUCUUCUUAUUGUUGAAUUUAGUGUUCAAUUUCCUUCAUACAGAAGACUGGAUCAAAUCCAAACCGAGAUCGAUAGGGAUUGGUUUGUGGAGUUAUUGUCUAGUUCGAAAAGAGGGGGCAAAGUUGAAUUUUGUUGCUCUCUCGGUCACUACAUAGCUGCUACAAUUUGGAAACUUCUUUGUUGGAUUUCUUUUUCCUUUUUCUUUUGAGCAGUUUGUGCUCCAAUUUCUUAUGACCUACGCCGUUGACAUCAUUCUUUGGCAUGUAUUGUACAUUGCGUUUAGUUUAGUUUGCUGAUGUAUGUCGGCACUAAAUAUAUUCAAUCCCAUUAUUCUUUGUAUGAUCAGAAUCACAUGGAUGCUAAUCUGGCAACCUUUGAUCAUUGAAACUUUGAAAGCAUCUAUACUGUACUGUAUUUCAAUGGAGGUAAUGACAAUCCACCAUACCUUUUUUUUCUAAAAGAAAACUUAUAUUUAUUUAAUUUCAGUAUUCUGAUGCAGUCGUUAAU